UAAUCCGUGACGCAGGUUCGUCCUCCAUCACUAGCCGAUCCCUGACUGAGAACACCCAGAAAGCGAGCGAGCCAUCACGACCCGUGGAAAUAUGUAGCUAACUCGCACAGCUUGUCACAUUGCAACAGCAGGAGGGUUUGGCGGAGUUGACCAUUCGGAAGGGAAGCCACCAUGGGUGGUCACGAUGAUGAAGAUGUAUCUUACGUUGUAAAUAAACAAAAGCAAGACGAAGAGCUGAAAAACAAGCUGAACGAAGGCAGCCACUGGUGUGACCAGGAGACCAUCGGCAACAAUGCCAAGCGGGUUAAAGAAGGCCAAAACCAGCUCCGCAAAGUAGCUGAGAACCAACAGGAUCAGGACCACAACUGCAAUAUCAACCAGAAUGGUAACAAGGAAGACUUUCCUCUUCAGAACAUCACUCAGGAAGAGCAACAGGGAAACGAGGAGCAGACAAAGUCGCCCAAAAUAGCAAUGACGCCCGGCCUCAGUCAGGAGGAGUCCAAGAACAUCCUUAAUGAGCCACUACUUAUCGACACUCUGGAGUCCGAAGAAGAGAAGGAUAAAGAGAGGGAGGAGGAUGACAAAGAGAAAGAUAACAUCUCCGAGGCGCCCGAGGAGACUUCAGAUGGUGGCACAGGAGAGGAACCUGCAGAGCAAACUAACGUGGAGUCUAAUAGAGAAGGCAGUGUUGUGGGGAGAAAUGCUUGCCUCCUCUUCUCCAACAUGAACGGGACCCCGAGUGAUGAAGAGGCCAGCUGGCCUUCAAUGUCUCAGGACAACUCAGACAAUUCUCCGAAUGGGAACAGAGAGUCUUUCUGGGACUCCAGCGCCUUCGAGACGGACACGGACCUGCCCUCCGGGUGGAUGAGGGUGCGCGACACGUCAGGCACGUAUUACUGGCACAUCCCCACAGGCACCACCCAGUGGGAGCCCCCUUCGCCCCUGGGUAAAGUGGGCGACUCCAUGAUGUCCUCGACCAUGUCUCUGGAGACCACGCCCUGUGAGGAACCUGAGGAAACUUGGGCUCAGCUUUCCAGCACGGAUGAUGGCGGAGAUGAAGGGGAACUGUGGAAGGAGGAGGGAGAAGCCGCGCCCGAUCAGAGUCUGAAGGAGUUCGAGGGAGCAACUUUACGCUAUGCAUCUAUCAACUUAAACUACAACUGCUCCCAAUCAGAGGAAGAAGAGAAGAAUGCUCCACGGUGUACAGAUUUAGAUUUAGAGACUAAGUGUUUUGCGGUGCGUUCUCUGGGCUGGGUGGAGAUGUCCGAGGAGGACCUGGCACCCGGCAAGAGCAGCGUGGCCGUCAACAACUGCAUCCGGCAGCUUUCUUAUCACAAACACAACCUCCAUGACACCGCUGGGAUCUGGGGAGAGGGUAAGGACAUGCUCAUGGUCCUGGAGAAUGACACGAUGAACUUGAUCGACCCACUGGGUCAGACUCUGCUUCAUUCUCAGCCGAUUGGCAGUAUCCGUGUGUGGGGCGUCGGCAGAGACAACGGAAGGGAGAGGGAUUUUGCUUACGUGGCUCGAGACAACCUCACCCAAGUGUUGAAGUGUCACGUUUUCCGCUGCGACUCGCCUGCCAAGAACAUCGCCACCAGCCUGCAUGAGAUGUGUUCAAAGAUCAUGAUGGAGAGAAAGGCAAAUAAGCCAGGCGUGAGCAGACUCAACUCUGACCCCAGUAAACCCUUUGGCAUCCCUGUUGAAGAGUUUCCUGCUCCAAAAAAUGAGCUCUUCCAGCGCUUCCAUGUUUAUUAUCUUGGCUGUAUACCGGUGGCCAGACCAGUCGGAAUGGAGACACUGAACGAAGCAUUAGAGUUUGCAAUGACUGGCAGGGAUAAGAACGACUGGACUCCUGUUUCUGUUAACGUUGCACCAGCCACCCUUACUAUACUUUCAAAACAGGACGAUGAGGUCCUGUCAGAGUGCAGGGUGCGUUUCCUGUCUUUCAUGGGCGUGGGGAAGGACGUCCACACCUUUGCUUUCAUCAUGGCCGAAGGUCCCCAGGAGUUCACCUGCCACAUGUUUUGGUGUGAACCCAACGCUGCCAGUCUGAGCGAGGCCGUGCAGGCCGCCUGCAUGCUUCGCUACCAGAAAUGUUUGGAUGCUCGCCCACCCGGCCUGGCCUCCUGCCUGCCCACUCCUCCCGCUGACUCUGUGGCCCGACGGGUAAAGAAGGGGGUGCAGAGUCUGCUAGGCACCUUUAAGAGCUACAGGUCAGGUUCUCAGUCCCCAUGA